AUCGCCCGCACGCAGAAGAACAAGGCUACGGAGUAUCACCUUGGUCUGCUGAAGGCAAAGUUGGCCAAAUACCGAGCGCAGCUGCUGGAACCCUCCAAAUCCUCUGCGGGGAAAGGUGAAGGCUUUGAUGUGAUGAAAUCUGGAGAUGCCAGGGUAGCACUGAUCGGCUUUCCCUCUGUGGGUAAGUCCACGUUCUUGAGCCUAAUGACCUCCACAGCCAGCGAAGCUGCCUCUUACGAGUUCACAACACUGACGUGUAUUCCGGGUGUCAUAGAAUACAAAGGCGCAAACAUUCAGCUCUUGGAUCUGCCUGGGAUCAUCGAAGGAGCUGCACAAGGGAAGGGGAGAGGCCGUCAGGUGAUAGCCGUGGCCAGGACUGCGGAUGUUGUCAUCAUGAUGCUGGACGCUACAAAGGGUGAAGUCCAGAGGUGUCUCCUGGAAAGGGAGCUGGAAUCUGUCGGAAUCCGCCUGAAUAAGAGCAAACCAAACAUCUACUUCAAGCCAAAGAAGGGUGGAGGCAUCUCCUUCAACUCGACAGUCACACUGACACAGUGCUCUGAGAAGCUGGUGCAGCUCAUUCUCCAUGAAUACAAAAUCUUCAAUGCUGAGGUUCUGUUUCGAGAGGACUGUAGCCCUGAUGAGUUCAUCGACGUGAUUGUUGGCAACAGAGUCUACAUGCCGUGCUUAUACGUUUACAACAAGAUUGAUCAGAUCUCCAUGGAGGAAGUUGACCGCCUGGCUAGGAGGCCCCACAGCGUCGUGAUCAGCUGCGGAAUGAAGCUGAACCUAGACUACUUGCUGGAGAAGCUGUGGGAAUAUCUGGCGCUUACCUGCAUCUACACAAAGAAGAGAGGACAGAGACCAGACUUCACAGAUGCCAUCAUUCUCCGGAAAGGGGCUUCUGUAGAGCACGUGUGCCAUCGGAUCCACAGGUCGUUAGCCAGCCAGUUCAAAUAUGCCUUGGUGUGGGGAACCAGCACAAAAUACAGCCCUCAGAGAGUAGGAUUAACCCAUAUGAUGGAGCAUGAAGAUGUCAUCCAGAUUGUCAAGAAGUAGCCCUCUGAGCUUCUGUUCACCGGUGCCUGACCUUGUCCACGUCUGGAAAAUCAGAGCUGACUUCUCGUGACCACAUCCAAGCCGGCAGCAGACUGACAUGCUCCAGAGCCACCAGGGCUUCAGCAAAACUUGUUCCAUGGAGACAGGGAGAGACAAGGAAGAUGCUAGUACCUGGCGGGGCUGGGGGCGGGGAGGGUUUUCCCACCUGGGGACAUUUCAGGCCAGGCAGCUCAUUGCGUCUCUGGAUGCUGAACCACAGAGCCUGUUCUUUUGCAGCAAAACUCACCCCCACAGCUUUCUACACCUCCAUGGACUUCGCAUGCGUCCGUGUGUUGCACCUGCCGACAACUCCUCUGGUCAGGCAGAAACCUGCAUGCAGAUGUGACUUUGCUCCAGGGUGUUGAUGCUAGACAGGAAGUCCAUCGCCUCCCAUUUGCACCUGCUUGUGUCUCUUAAUCUAGGCACACAUUUAAAGUGAGAACAAAACUGUCCCUUCCCAGCUCCUCUGAUUCCAGCCCCACUGCAAUUCACAGCUGUUCUGGCUUCCUCCUUCACCAUCUCAGCAGGUUGGGGCUCCCGACUCUCAUGUCUGAGAGAACUUUUGAAGGUCCCUCCUUACCAAGGACACUUGCUGGCCCCAUGAUGUGGCUUCUAGGAUGCCCUGCUUCAGUCCACUGUGCUGAGAGAUGAAUAAUGAAACCCAUGGAACAAACGCAUCUGCUUUUCACCAAGAUGCAGCAGGGACAUCUAAGAAGAGCUCCAAGGCCUGGAGAGGCUUCACUUCUGUCCACAUCAUGGGUCAGAGAGCUGCUGUUGGGGAUCCCCUCCACAAGACCACUCCCUCCCACAUGUUCUCUUUGCUGCCUUCUUCCCAGAUACUAGAAAACCUUUUGUCUCCCAGUCAUGCAUCAGCUCAUCUGAAUUCCAGCUGGAACUGUUCAAGCUUGAGGAGCGUCUGUGCAGUGGGAUAUAUUUUUGGUUAAAACAAAUAAUGCUGCUUCUUGGAUGGAAAUCUUCCCUCAGCCAUCUGGGGCUCUCUGAUCAUGCCGCCUCAUUACGUCUCAUUGCUGAACGGUUUAUAGUGCCUGAUAGAGACUGGCUCUUUCUCUCCAUGAGCAAGAGCUUCCAAUAGCUUUGAGUUACUUUCACAAUAAAGUGACUUUAGUCCAACGCAGGAUUCUUAACCAUGACUAAUUUGGUAGCUGACCCUUUCCCUCCUUUGUAUUCCUCCCCCCCAAGCCGAUCAAGGACGGAAGGAGUAUUUUAUUUGAGAGAAUAAAAGUUGCUAUUUCAUGCGA